UCCUGUUUCUGGCAGAAAAAUAAAGUACAGUCAUUGCUGUCUAUUAAAUUAUACUAUUUUAUAUCUUGUUUGAAUAUGGUCUUGCCCAGUUAUCUUUGUGGUUUUGUUCAGUUUAUUCAACAAUCAAUCGUGAAGUACAGAUAACUAUGGCUAUUCUUUGGUAGUAUAACAGAUAAAAAGAAAACAGUCCUUGCCCUUAAAAGAUUCCUUUUCUAAUAAGGGGAACAGAAAAGUAACUAUAUAAAAUGUGGAAGUUUAGUACAAAAUAAUUUGGAGAAUGAGGAAGAGAUCUAGCAAUUGGAAGGAUUAGGAUAAAUUACUUUCCUGUAGGAAGUAGAAUUUGGGUGUCAGGAUAGACUUUCUCUAGGAGGUGACACUUAAUAUGCUUUUUAGUAUCCUUCCAUAGUAAAAACUCUUGAGAAAACCUAAAAGGAGCUGAGCUCUAGUAAGAUUGGAAUUCUGAAGUAGAGAUUCCAGCCUGGAGGAGACUGGAGUGGGAGAUAGAAUUUUAUACAUAGGAACAGCAAGUGGGCCAGUUUAACUAGACCAUAAAGAGUGUAGACUCCAUGUGAGUGGAGCUACAGAAGAUACAGUGGAGUAGAAUGGACACUACUACUUUCUGUUCAUAUAGCCACCAAACUAGAUCAGAUCUUUUUCUUCUCCAAAUUAUUUUUCUUGUAGUUGCCUUGAUUUUCCAGGCACCACUCUGCUAAAGAAACUAAAGUGGCAACUUUUUGCUUCAAGGAAAAAAAUAUAAAGCCUGUCCAAAACCAAUCUUUACCAGUCUCAAUAUGUAUUAUUACCCAUCUUGCACUCUGUUCAUCCAAACUGGCUUUGCUGUGUUUUACACAGCAAGAUGUUGUACAAAACCUACCUAUAUACUUUUUGUAGUGGCUGUCCUUCCAUGCCUCUUAGAAGCCUUUGUUUCUUUGAAAAUUCAGCUUAAGGGGUAUAAAAUCAAAUAGUAAAUAAAUGAGUAAAAUAUAAAAUUGAAAUUCAGCUUAAUUGCCACCUUUUACGUACAAUCAUUCCUGAUCUCCUACACCAAAUAGUGUACUUCCCCAUUAUCUUGUAAUACUUUUAUGUUUUAAAAUACUUAUAUGAAUAUGUUACCCAACAAAAUAUUAUGGUUUUUUUUUUUUAGGACAGUUAUUUGUUUUUUGUCUUUGUCUCCAUAUUGUAGGUGCUCUAUAAAUGCUGAUUUAUAGAACUGCCUGCAUAAUUAUGAGAGUUGAACCUAUGGGACCUGAAAUGGAAGGUUCAUAGAAUCAUAGAUUUAAAGCUGGAAGUCCAUCUCUCAUUUUACAGGGCAUCUGACUGACCUAAGGGUUAAGCCAUAUCAUAAACUGCAGAAGAAAGUUUGACCUUUGGAAACUACAAACUGAGAACUCAUUUGAUCUGCCAAAGGCAAAAAUAAGAAAAAGAUAAAGUGUCCUUCCUUUACUACAGAUCUUCAAAGUAUCCUCUAGAAUAGAUCCUUGUGGGAUUACUUCAUCAAAUAUUAUGUGUAAUAUGAGUGGAAAAGGUCCCGCCGAAAGCUUGAAUGUUAAAGAUAAGAAUAAUACACCAUCCAUGACAGUCCAACAAGUAGAAGAAGGAGAAGAGCCAUUAUGUAUCUGGGCUGUUGUGAAACCUGGCAAUACUAAGGAGAAAAUUGCCUUCUUUGCAGCCCAUCAGUGCAGUAACAGGACAGGCUCCAUGAAAAUUAAAAGCACUUGGGAUAUUGACGGAAGAGCUACUAAGAGAAGAAAGAAAUCUGUGGAUCUUAAAAAAGUCAAGGUACAAUUAGAAAGGAUGAAAGAAGGCAGUGUCAGCCCCUACCAACCUGAGCCUUUUGCUUGUGAUAUUGAAAAUUGUUCUUUGCAUUACAUGAGUGACAAUGGAAAUGGAUUCUAUCCAGGGAAGCCUGCAUCAGUCAUCGAAAUGGUUGCUUUCCUAGAGCAGAGAGCAAGUGCUCUGCUGGCAACAUGCACCAAAAACUGUAUCAACUCUUCUGCCACUCUGAGAUUCACAAGGCAGUCUAAGGAGGUGCCUCCAGCCUCUGAUCUCUUCUGUGUCCUGGAAGCCUGUGAGGACCCCCCGAGAGAAAAUCCCAAGGGCGGCAAACCACAGGGUGAAACUGUGCACGUGCUUGACAUGGUGGCCAGGCUAGAGUCGGAAUGCUUGAAGCAGCAGAGGGAACGGGAAACGGGGGGAGGCCUUUCUAGAAAUAACAGCUUCCGGAGGCAUGUGGGCCGGGUGUUGCUGGCAAGUGGCACUCAGGAGGAGGGGAACGAAGCCGUGAAGGGGUUCCCUAAGGUCCCAGAUGCUCAGGCAAAUCCCACUGUGGCUGGGACUAGAGAUGGUGCCCCAGAGAGUGUUGGCCACUGCUCUUCUCUGCAGGGAACAGAAUCUUGGGAAUGUGCCACCCCUGCUUCACUGUCAGCAGGCGUGGACUUCCAUGUGGACAGCUCAACGUUAGAACCGGGGCAGCAGAGCGCUGUGAAAAUACGAGGCAGGCGUGAUGUGGAGAUGGCCGAGAAGCCCCAUGGGCCAUCUUUUCUGCCUCACACCCAGCCUCAAGAAUUACCAUCAGAUGCUAUGCAAAAUAAAGGGGGGACUGUUGAUUGUAUGAGUAAGAAGAUUGUGCCAUUUCCUAGCCAGAAUCCUGAUCAAAGAAUGAGAGAGUCUGUGUGUAUUAGUAUUUCUGUAUCCAAGGUGGAGAAAAAUCAGGAUUCUGGUAUAAGCCUUUGUGAAGAUCCACUCCCAGGGAUGCUGUUCUUUCUUCAGCCUAAUCAACCUGAAAAAAUUGGUUCUGAAUUGAGUGAAAGUACAAGAAAUUCCCCAAGAUCUCUCUCAAAUGAGCUUUCUUGUGCAGAUGAUACAGAACUUGGGGGUGGAAAUGUUUCAGUGGUAAAGCCCUUUGCACUAGUUGAUUCUGCUACAGAAAGUACUAUGGGAAAUGCACUACAGGGUUUAGAAGGUUCUUGUUUGAAGAAGCAGGUGUCUCAUGACUUUUUGGAGACAAGGUUUAAAAUUCAACAACUGCUGGAGCCUCCACAGUACAUGGCCUUCUUGCCCCAUCACAUAAUGGUGAAAAUCUUCAGGUUUCUUCCAACUAAGAGUUUGGUAGCUCUUAAAUGCACUUGCUGCUAUUUUAAAUUUAUCAUUGAAUACUAUAACAUCAGGCCAGCAGAUUCUCGCUGGGUUCGAGAUCCACGCUAUAAAGAAGAUCCCUGUAAGAAGUGCAAAAAGAAGUAUGUGAAAGGGGAUGUGUCACUCUGCCGAUGGCAUCCAAAGCCCUACUGUCAAGCCUUGCCAUAUGGCCCUGGAUACUGGAUGUGUUGUCACCGGUCUCAGAAAGGUGUCCCUGGUUGUAAGCUGGGUCUCCAUGACAAUCAUUGGGUUCCUGAUCUGCGUGGUUAAAGCUGCAGUAUCCAUAAGAAAGCUGGAAGCUGAAGAGGACUGUUAGAGCCUGUGUGAGGUUUAACUCUAAAGUAAUGAGUGAUUUAUUUUUUAAACAAUUAUACGAUCAUAUUUUUUUUUUAAACUUCAGUGAACUUUAUAUUCUCGCUGGCAUCUAUGUUUUAGGGAGGCCGGUGAGAUAAGAUUGGAGUGAUAGAAUAAAUGGGAGUAUCUGAGUUGAAAGUGGUUUGAAUGGCAGGCACCAAUGACAGGAGAAAUAUUCCAAAUGCGGAUUAGUGGGAUAAAUAUAUAGUGUCCUAAAGGGACUACUUUUGAAGGGGAUGACACUUCAUUCAGAUGUACAAAUUCUGGUAUACGGUUUUUAAAGAAAUCACUCAUCACUGUAUGCUUGAUCUAAAACUGUUAUUUGUGGUUAGCAAAUGAAUGUCAUGCCCUGUGUUGUUUACAGUGUAUAUAAUUGUUUUGUUUUCACAGGCUGUGAAAGCAGAGUGUGGCCUUUACUUGGUAGUUGAGCACUUUUAGCUCCAGUGUAAAUAGCAUUAUUAAAAUCUGUUGUACAUAGUCAACAGCUGGCUGAACAACUUUAUCACUACAAUGCAGCUUGGAAGGCGUUGCAGCUAUAGUUGUGUGCCCAGGUAUCUUGUCUCAGAUUUGUAUAUCCUGUAUAAAACACAAAUGUUUCCUGAAUAAAAUAUGAAUGUUUCCAAUAUAAUAUAUGAAUGUUUCUGGGAAGAAACUCUAAAUACUGAUGGGUUGGCUUAUUAAAAAAACAAUCCCAAGAUGAUGGCUUAACUGGACAACUUUAAAAUUAGACAAGAGCAACCCUCUGUUAUAUUAGUGAAAAUCAGUGAAUAAAAAGAGUACUGUAUAGUCAAAUUAUAAAAUUGUUUACUUUAUCCAUAUUGUCUGGUUAUAAUUUUUUAACUUCAAUAAAAUAUAAAUUCUAAAUAGGAUCUGAAUUUUAUAGAGAUUUUUUUUCAACAUAUUGAAUGGGAGUUGUGACAAAAUGGAAAAGAUUUCAAAAUUGGGGGUGGGAGGGGAAGACGACCUGAAAUUGUCUCAGCUCUGUUGUCUAUUUAGCUACGACAUAAGCAGGUCAUUUUACUGGACCUCAACUUCCUCAGAGUUUUAUAUCUAAAUAUCUUUGAUGAUCUGGGAGUUGAUUCAAGAAAAUCUCAAUUUUAUUUUUUUAUACUAUCUAUAUGUGAAUGUAGGUCAUAAUUGGUUUUAUUCAGUGAAUAAUCAGUUACUGUUGUGGGAGCAACAUUUCUUGAAAAUGAUGUGAAACUAAAAAUGCAGAUUGAUGUAUGGGAAAUAGGAAUUUAGGUUCCUGUGACUACCAAAAACUUUAUAUUAGAGAUUCCUGAAAACAUUUUUCUACAUACAAUUUUUUUAUAACAAAACAUUACUUCCAAUAAUCUGCACUUUUCCUAACAGAAACUAUGAAAUAAACCCUUAAAAUGGGGGCAGCUAGGUGGCACAGUGGGUAGAGCACCAGCCCUGAAGUCAAGGACCUGAGUUCAAAUAAGAAAGAAAGAAAAGAAAUAAACCCAUAGAAUAUAGGAAAGAGUAAGAGGUAACCCUGACCUGGGCAGGAAAGGGCUGGGGCCAUGCUGUCAAAAGAAUCUUGAGGUGAAAGGGGUAAAAGGAGAAUUGAUUAAUCUUUUUGACCUCAUGAUUGAACAUAUUGAAAAGCAUGUGCUUGAGUCAGAGCUCUGCCAUUGAUUGCUACAGGUUGGUGGGCAGCUGGAGAUAGAUAUGAAGUGACCCAUUUAAUUUAUCCACAGACUUAGCCACUUUUCCAUUUUUUUCAGUUUCUUCAUCGCUCGAACUUUGUGGAGCUUGCAUUGUACCUCUUUUUCUCAACUGUGCAAAGCCACCGAUAUACUUUGUUGUCAACAUGAAAGUGAAAAUGAGGUUACUAAUAAAAUCCAUGUGAAUGCUUACAUUA